GUGUAAACACUUUACCUAGCAGCCAACCUGCUUGCACCAAUCCCUUGUAAUUACAGUAAAAUACUGUUAAUACAAAACCCCUCCCCUCAAUGAAUGUCAUGAAUUAUUUCAUUUCAAUUACGGUAGCAUUUACUUUUUUACUGCAUACUACGGUCAAUUUUAGGCAUUGUAAUGUGUGUCAUUAGACAGUACUUUCUUUGAUACUAUCUUUAUAUUGCAGUAGGUGUACUGUAAUAUGAAAUACUGAAUUUUACUUUCCAUCGAGCUGCCUGUAAGCUACUGUCAAAUUCACAGUAACCCCUUUACAGUGAGUGUAUAACUUGGUAUAGCGUCCAUUAUAAAUUAAUGUUGCAGAAUGAAGGUCAUGGACGCUCUGAAAAAAUAUUCGGCAUAAAGAGGAGCCUGUUGAAAAAUGUUUCAACACACGACUUAAUAAACCAUUAGAAAUCAUAUAUCAAAAUAACAAAUAAUGCUAUUCACACAUUUGUUUAAAAUAUAUAACCUAUAUUUUAAUAUAUGGAGGACAUUUAGCCUCUAUUUAUACUUACUAUGAACACAUAUGGAACUAGGGCUAAUGACAUUAGAUUAUUUUACAGAUAACCGGUUCAGAUAUUCCAUUUACAUUUUAGCAAUCUACUUCAAACACCCGUGGAAAUUGUACACUGAAAUUCACUAGUCUAUAAAUCACAAAUAUGUUGAAGUGGAUAAUAUGCCUAUUAUGUUGAUUAGGUGCUGGUUAGUUGUUACAGGUGUCUUAAAUUAAAAUAUACAGGGGGUAAAAAGUAAGGCCAAGAAUUCCAAAGGACAAAAUCAAAACUUUCUGCAGCAAACCUCUUGCAAACUGAACGCCGUAACUAAUUGCCCAAAUGCCAAAUAUAAAACAUAAAAUGUGAGGAUUAAGUAGCCUAUAAUUGAUCAUCUAAAUUGACCACUUAAAUGCAUAGGCUAUACUAAAAGAUACACAUUGAUGUUUGCUCAGUUGUAAAUAUAGUAUUAGCCUAAUAUGCAGUGAAACAGAGGGACGGAAUUUUGUCUCACUCCGUGACAGAAAUACCUGUGAAUUAAAUCAAAUGUAACAUAAACUCGUAUUUGAAAUUACUCUGGCCAGUGUUAUCAGGCAAUAACAUAAUAACAUUUCCAUGAUAUGGUGUAUUCAAACCUUAGCGUGUUCGUCUGUGGUCGGUAAAUCAAACCAGGGUAGUGAUAUAUCGACACCAUGCCUUUCUGAGCCCCUGCGCGCAGUCACGUUCAACCCCUGGACUCUGGAGACUCACAAAGUUAAUCUUAUCGUUGUUACAAGGAUAAUGUUGCACUAAACACAACUCAAUAAGCCUAAUUGAGACACGACAAUUCAUCUCUUAUCGAAUGGCAAACUUGGAAAUAAAAAACUAAAUGAAACAAUGUUGCGUAAAAUUUGUGAGGAAUGUGUGUCUUUAAAGGAUACCGUUAAACACGAGUUAAAAUGACAUAAACACGUGUUCAUGACAUUUAAAAUAUAAAUGUUGUGCCUUAAAAAAUUUGCUAUUAUCAUAUAUCCACAAUAACAUGUCCAUAAAAUGAAUGUUCAUGCAAACAUUAGGCAUAUUGGCAGUAUUACAAUGCUAUAAGCUACUUCUAAAUUAGGGUUUCUUACAUAUUAAAUAAUUUAUUUGUAAACAAAAUAAGAUAUUUUUUAGUCUGUUGAAGUCCCGUUCCUCGGUCAAGUUCAGUGCAUUGUACUCCUCCGGAUACGACGGACGGUUCUUAUUGGUAGGUGCGAUCCGUUACAUCACCAAGCUUAUGACGCGCCGUCUUCCUGUUUCCUUCAGCUGUGUCUUAAAGUGAAUCUUGUUGGUGGAGGAGAGCUCGAGCGUCGAAGCUCUGCAUCGCGUGCGCCUCGGUCAAGCUGCUACGACAUCAUCACCAGUCUUUCACCCCUCGAGAGAAGAUGACAGAGAGCGGAGCAAAAUAGCUCUUGUAUAUCUAUUUUUAUAUUCUACGGUCGCGCUCAUCACUCACUUUACUCCUACUCUUCCUUUCCUGAGAAAUUAUAAUAUUCAACGUUUCGCGGCGAAGCUUCCAUAGUCCGUAUUCUUUUUCAGCAGUAAAAAAGGCCUUUCCCUUCAUCUGCGGGUGUCAUUCAGCAGUGGUCCUAGAGGAGUGGCUUUGUGGGAUAUGGCCCAAUAGCAGCAGACCGUGAUGCCGGACCAUGACAGCGACUCCUUCCUGAGCAGACAGACCAAGAGAAGACGAGUGGACAUCGGGGUGAAGAGGACUGUGGGCAGCAACGCCGCCAACGCAGCAGCAGCAGCCACAACCAGCGCCGACAUCGCUCAUGCCAAAGCAGCAAUCUUCGGUGCUAUGAACUCUCUCAACUCCCACCACCAUGGCUCCGAUGCAGACUCCAUGGACUGCUCCAUGGUGCAGCCGCACGGCCACGCCGGGGUCGUCACAGCAACCAACAGCGAGUCCAAGUCCAACGUGCUCCGGAAGCUCCUGAAGAGAGCCAACUCGUAUGAAGACGCCAUGAUUCCCUUCCCCGGCGCCACUAUCAUCUCCCAGCUCCUCAAGAGCAACAUGGCCAAGAACGGAAGAGGAGAGAGAGGGGAGAGAGGAGAUAGAGAGGAUGGGGGGUUCCCCAGGUCGGGCCUCUCCAGUGGGGGUUCCGAAGCCCCCCAGGAGGACGCCUGCAGUAAUUCGUCACAGGACAGCCCCCAGGAGUGCCUGUCCCCCUUUGGCCAUCCCCCGGCUCUGGGCACCUUCGACCUAGAGCGCCUCAACGACGAGCACCUCCGGGCCAAGCGUGCCCGCGUGGAGAACAUCAUCCGGGGCAUGAGCCACUCACCUGGCGUGGUGGUGCCCACACGCCACCUCGGAGAGCGGGACCACGAACUGGAACAAUGUGGACGGGAGAGAGAGCGAGAGAUGGACGGUGACAGGGACAGAGAAAUGGAGAUGGACUGCCCCCCACAGCCGCCCAGCCCCAGGGGAGAGGUGUGCAGCCGGGAGAACAAAAGGAAGCAGCGCCUGCCCCAGCAGCAGCAGCAGAGCUUCACCCAGCUGGUGUGCCAGCGUAAAGAGCAGAAGCAUGAGGAGCGCAGGCAACUGAAGCUGCAGCUGGAGGACAUGCAGAAGCAGCUGCGCCAGCUGCAGGAGAAGUUCUUCCAGAUCUACGACUCCACCGACGACUCAGAGCAUGACCUGGCCCAUGACCUAGGCGACAUGUCUGAGGACAGUGCUGGGAGGUCUGAUGCUGGGGGAGAUGACCGGACAGACCGUUCCGACAAUGAGAUGUCAGACCUGGAUCCGGGACACUUCCUGGACCGAGCAAGGGCGCUGCUCCAGGAGCAGGCCCUGCUGGCUGAGGGGGACAAGCUCAGGAGAGAGGGGCUGGUCUGGGGGAAAGGUCCUUGUCAGGGCCCCUCCUCCAUGCACCAUGCAGAGGGCAAGCUGCUGGCUGAGACAUUGAAACAGGAGCUCAACUCGGCAAUGAACCAGGUGGUGGACACAGUGGUCAAGGUGUUUGCCAAGCCCCCUCGCCCCACACCACCCCAAGUCUUCCCUCCCCUCCCCAUGCCCCCAGAGAGGUUUGGUGUCAACGUCAAGGGCCCAAACUUCCACACAGCCAACCAGCGCCUGCAGUGCUUUGGCGACGUCAUCAUUCCCAAUCCGCUGGACUCGUUCGGCAGCAUACCUGUGCCCGGCGCCAACGACCAGACGGAGGCACUGCCCCUGGUGGUGAGGAAGACGCAGACGGAGCACCAUCACCAAUCCUCAGCCAUGGGCGCCCACGGGGGCCAUCACCACCCCUCCCUGCACCCCUCCUCCCUCUCUACCUCCAUGGGCUUCAGCCCCCCUUCUUUCCGCCACCCCUUUCCCCUUCCUCUCAUGGGUUACCCCUUCCAGAGCCCUCUGGGCCCACCCUCCGGGGGUUACCCAGGGAAGGACCGUUCCUCCCCAGACUCCAUGGACCUGUCCAGGCAGACCACCAGCCUGCGGACCAAAAUGUCAUCAGGGCAUCACGUGGGGCACCACCACCGGUCUUUCUCUCCGACCAACCCUGGGAGCACUGCAGAGGGGCUCUCCCUGUCCCUCAUCAAGUCAGAGUGUGGAGACAUGAGCGACAUGAAUGACAUCUCACCAUACUCAGGCAGCACCAUUCAGGAGGGUCUUUCCCCCAACCACCUGAAGAAGGCCAAGCUCAUGUUCUUCUACGCCCGUUACCCCAGUUCCAACAUGCUCAAGAUUUUCUUCUCCGACGUCAAGUUUAACCGCUGCAUCACGUCCCAGCUCAUCAAGUGGUUCAGUAACUUCCGGGAGUUCUACUACAUCCAGAUGGAGAAGUUUGCCCGGCAGGCUAUCAACGACGGUGUCACCGGAGUGGAGGAGAUGAGCGUCAGCCGCGACUGUGAGCUCUACCGAGCCCUCAACAUGCACUACAACAAGGCCAAUGACUUUGAGGUUCCAGAGCUGUUCCUGGAGGUGGCUACGAUCACGCUGCGUGAGUUCUUCAACGCCAUUGUGGCGGGCAAAGACGUGGACCCAUCCUGGAAGAAGGCCAUCUACAAGGUGAUCUGCAAGCUGGACAACGAGGUGCCCGAGGUCUUUAAGUCGCCCAACUGUCUCCAGGAGCUCUUACACGAGUAACCCACCAUGACCUACCUUCACCCCCCCCCCCCCCACCGCCCCGAUGUUUUUUUUUGCUUUUCAUGUUUUUAUUUAUUUAUUUAUUUUUAUCUGAUUUUCCUGCUUUUUUGAAUGUAUGAAGUAUGAAGUUGCAUUCCUCCCAAUCUGAAGCAUACUGGGCUGUCCAAGUUAUCUAGCUAUUGUGUUGUUGUUAUUAUUAUUAUUAUUAUUAUUAAUUUCAUCAUGACUAUGAUUAUUAUUUGUUUUUUUUAAUUAUUCUGCUGAUCUGAAGAUACUUUGAUUUUAUUGAGCAGGGGUGUCAAUCUCAUUUGAUGGAAGGCCUAGUGUCUGCGGGUUUUUGUUUUUUUCUUUCAUUUAAGCCCCAGCCCCAGUUGUGGGGAGUUCCUUACUAAUUAGUGACCUUAAUUCAUCAAUCAAGUACAAGGGAGGAGCGAAGACCCGCAGAUACUCGGCCCUCCAUGGAUUGACUUUGACACGUGCUUUUUGGUGGUUGGACUGUGUGAAACCUGAUCUAUCUGCCCUGAUGUACUAGAAACACUAAAUAGGGGUCCUCACUAUGCCCAGGCAAGGGCUUCCCACUACCCUGUACCCUACCUACUCUAAGAAUGACCCUACAAUGCAAGUGCGGUCACCAAUUGAUUUUGGCCACUACACUACGAAAGGGGAGAGGGGUCCUCAAUAGGCUCUCCCCAUUAUGCGAGGUGACUCCCCAAUAGGUGCCCAAUACAAUGGACAUCCCACGGAGGACAACACUACACUACGCUUUAUUAACUACUGAACUAUACUGGAAUACUAGUACUGGUCUGUAUUGGUAUACUUGAACUGGACUGGCAUCAGUCAUCUACUGAGCUCGACCAUGAUACUUUAAAGUGUGCUUUCUGUGAUUAGGACAUUGUGUUUAUUGGGUGUAUAUUAUUAAUAUUAUUAUUCCUGUUGUUAUUGUUGUUUUUAUUAUUAUUAUUUGUCAGCAUUGCUUGAUACACAUUGGCACUUCCAGAUUUGUCCCUUGACAACGUUACAGAAAAUAAAUUAUUAUUAAUAUUC